UCAGUCAGCUUCUCAGUUCUCACCAACAUGCAUACCACCAGCCCUCACUUCCUCUUUCUCAUUCUCUUUUCUCUUCUUCUCUCUUCCCUUUUCACCAUUGCCACAUCUUCUGAAUCUGAAACUGAAGAUGAAACUCAAUUUAGUUACAUUGAAGAUACCGGCAAAGGACCAAAGAGAUGGGGCCAGAUUAACCCUGAUUGGCAAGCCUGUGGUAAUGGGGCAAUGCAGUCUCCAAUUGAUCUUCUUGAUGCAAGGGUGCAGGUUUUGCCUAAUCUUGGAAAAUUAAAGAGGGAUUAUAAACCGGCUCCUGCUGUUGUGAAAAACAGAGGACAUGAUGUCACGGUGGAAUGGAAAGGAUAUGCAGGAAAGAUUAACAUCAAUGGGACUUAUUUCAAACUGCAACAGUGCCAUUGGCAUUCACCUUCGGAGCACACCUUUAAUGGAUCGAGGUACAACUUAGAGCUGCAUGUCGUUCAUUUAAGCUCUGAUGAGAAGAUUGCUGUUAUUGGAAUCACCUACAAAUAUGGAAGAGCUGACCCUUUCCUCACAAGGAUGCUCCGCCACAUUGAUUCACUCCCGGUUGGGGAAGAAAAGGAAUUGGGGAUUGUUAACCCGGGUGAUAUUAAGUUCGGGAGCAGAAAGUACUAUAGAUAUAUUGGUUCUCUCACAGUUCCUCCAUGUACAGAGGGUGUUAUUUGGACAAUAAGCAAGAAGGUGAGGACAGCCACAAGGGAGCAAGUGAGAGCCUUGAGGAAGGCUGUUCAAGAUGGAUAUGAGGCAAAUGCAAGGCCAAGUCAGGAAGUGGAUGGAAGAACAGUUUUGUUGUAUAAACCCAGUCUGCGUAGAGGUUCUACUUAGCCUCAAAUGGAAUGGAAAAAAGCCCAAUAAUAAAUAUAUUUUCUAUCAA